AUGGCGGAGCAGGCGCUGUCCUGCACACCGCCUCGGCCAACAUCUACCGCCGUUACUCUCCAUGACCCUCCUCCUGCCGAAGCGGACAAGUCCGAUAAGGAGACCACGCUCCAGAUCGGAACCUACGUCGUUCAAGUCCCCAAGGACCAGAUCUACCGCGUCCCGCCGCCGGAGAAUGCCCACUUGGCCGAGCAGUACCGCAACAGGGACAAAAACGAGCGGCGAAGCCCGUGCCUCGGCUGCUUGAAAUGGAUCCUCGGCGCCGUCCUCCUCGUCCUUCUCCUCGCCAUAGUGAUUACCGGCGUGAUCUUGGUCACCGUGAGGCCUGGAAGUCCCACGUUCACGGUCCAACGCCUCUCCGUGAACAGCUCGCCGCACACCACCACCAAAGGAUCUCACCCGAAGCCGGAGUGCGAUUUCACCAUGCGUGUUCGAAAUCCAAGUAAGGGGAUGGGGUUCUCCUACGAGGCCGGUGGAAAGACCGUCGUCCUCCAUAAAGGUGUCCACAUUGCAGCUGGAACGACGCCGGCGCUCGUCCAAGGGCCCAAGAACACGACCACCUUUCGACUGGUUCUUCAUGGCUCCAACAUGUUGCUUACGAAAGUGAUCGACAUGAGUCUAAAGGGAUCCAAGGACGUCAUUCCGCUCGAGCUAGCAGCUGAGUUCACGGUGAAGCCUAGGGUCGGAGUGGUGGAACUGGGGGCGACGAGCAUGUACGUAACCUGUGAUGUUCGAGUAAGAAGACUGGUGAAAGAGGCACGUAUAUUGUCCCAAGAGUGUAAGACCAACCUUCAACAAUGA